AUGUUCCGCGCGACCCGCAUCCUCCUCGCCGCCGCACCCCAGGCCUCCAAGGCCGCCCCCUCGUCGCUCCGCACCAAGCUCUCGACCGGCAUCACUGGCAUCGCCGUCCACCCCGAGCCCCUCUCUGCGCUCGUCGACUCGUACAAGUCGACCCUCAGCGUCCUCGACAUGAUCCCCGCAUCCGCCGUCUACCGCCAGAGCGCAGAGGCCAUCACCCGCGAGCGGCUCGCGGCCGUCGAGCGCCUCGGAGGCGACGGCGACGAGGCGAGCAUCGAGCAGGUCGAGCAGGCCAUCGGCGCCGGCAUUGUCGAGGAGCUCCUCAUGCAGGCCACCGACGAGCUCAAGCUCGCCGCCAAGAUGAUCGAGUUCAAGUCGUGGGAGGAGCUUGAGGAGGCGCCGGCACCAGGGCAGUGGGAGCCCUUCCGCGUCACCCCGUCCACCACCACCGCCGACGACCUCCACCCGAACUAGAGCGGCAUGGGCGAGGGCGGCGGCAGUGUACGAGGAGGGAGCGGCGAGGGUAUGUCGACGGGACCGGCAGUAAUGGAACCUCGGCAGUCUACGCAACA